AAGAACUUUGAUACAUUAAACACUUUAUUGGUGGAAGCUGCUGGAAGAACUAUUCAUAUCUACAUAAAAGUGUAGCAGUCUGGUCAGGAAAAUAUUGCUGCUAAUCAUGAACCCUUUAGCUGCUGGACCUGCACACCGCUAUUCAGCCCCUGCUAUAGUUAAUGUGAUUUAGGUCAACUUCUACCUUAGUGAAUGUGAUUUAGGUCAACUUCUAUCUUAGUGAAUGUAAUUUAGGUCAACUUCUACCUUAGUGAAUGUGAUUUAGGUCAACUUCUAUCUUAGUGAAUGUAAUUUAGGUCAACUUCUACCUUAGUGAAUGUAAUUUAGGUCAACUCUUAACAUAGCAAAUAUGAUUUAUGGUAUUACAAAUAUGAAUUCUGUGUGUGUUAUUUCGUACUAGUAAAGGUGACCCCAACUUAAGCCUUGUCCCCAUUUAUAUGGAGCUAUUCCUUAUUCAUCAGAGUAUAUAGUGACAAUGGCAAGUGGAAAAUUCUUUGUAUGCUUUCUGAUCACCCACCAAAUUACUGAUUACCAGAUUUCUAUAGAUUAAUUUGAUGUGUGACUUGAAUGACAAUUUCCAAAAUAUGUUAACUGUAGUCUCACGUUCUCAUGAUUGCAUGAUAGUUUCGAAUGAUAGUAUAAACCACUAAUGAUCAUUAAAGCAUGUUCUUUUAGUUGCAUAAUAAGACAACUCUCCUCUCCCAUGCUCUGAUGAGUGAUGAUUACCCAUGGUGGUUGCUUUCAGAAAUGAGUAAAAGCAGUGUUGGUUAGUUAAAGAAAAAAACGAAAAAACUUUUUGUUUUCUUGUAUUGAUGGCAAGCAUGUUCUUUAUUUCUUUCAAACUGUUGUUCUCUGUAGUUAUAACAUGGAUGACGAUUAUCACUGUUCUGCUUCCAUACUUUUUAUCUGGUUCUACUAACAUUUCGUUGUUUUUUGUCGACUGAUCAAUUCAUAUCUUGUUUGGGGUCCACCCUUCCAACUCUUGACAGCUACUCUUUCUCUUCUCAUGCUUUUUCCCUGCUGGUCCCUUGCCCAUCCUUUUUGGUUUUCUGUUGUCUGCACUUUUUGGCCAAUGUUUACCCAUUGUUAAACUCAUUUUCUUGACAAUUUAUUUUCUUUGGAUCAUGAUGUGCUAAUCCUCUGAUUUGCAUGAUACAUGCAGCUUACCUUUCAUGAGAACCAAAAAGAAAGAUACAGACAUAACAGAGGAAGAUGCCAUAAAAUCUGUCCCUUCUACUCCAGUUUCAACAACAGCUGUAACUACUACUCCAGCCACCGAGAAACCUUUACCUACACGAUCCACUGCAGCACCCAAGAAGUUGCCUGAACCCAUUCCUGAGAGUCAGCAGCGUGAGCUUUUCAAAUGGAUAUUAGAAGAGAAAAGGAAGAUCAAACCAACAGAUCCUGAAGCAAAGAAGCGCCUUGAUGAGGAGAAAGCCCUUCUCAAACAAUUUAUUCGAGCAAAAUCGAUUCCUAGUAUCUGAUCAAACAUCACUUCACUACAAUUAGAAAAAAGCAAAAAUUUCGGUUCUUACUUUUGUGAAAAGCUUGGCUUCCCAUCUGUUGUUGAAUAUCAAAUGUUCUGUUUUCAUAACAAUGUCUAACCUUUUACUGAAAUCUGCAAAAACUGUGUCAUUAUUGCCCAAAUUUGGUGCAAGGAGAAUGUUCA